AUGCUACGCGAACAGCGCCUCGCGCCGUUGCUGCUGCUGCUGCUGCUGCUGCUGGCGCUUGGAAGCAGCAACAACCUCAGCAGCAACAGCAACAUCAGCAGCAACUUCAGCAGCAGCAGCAGCAGCAGCACGGGGCUUAUUACUGGAGCCAGUGCAGAGGGUCUUAGAGGGAUGCACCCCUUUGCAGAAGCCGGCGCACCUACCCGACGGCUGCAAGCGGGUAUCAGCAUCGAUGAUCAGGACAGAGCCCAGAAAGGGUUUAUUGUUAUCUGGAUGAGCAUAACUUUGGUGUUUGUGUUGGUGCUGGGGAUUUGGGUGGUCUUGAAGAUAGCAGAUGUGACGGACCCGCUGCUGCACACCAAAUUUCUAUCGUCUUGA